AUGCUGUGUCCAGAAGGAAGUCAGUUACAAAAUGAAAUACAUCCAAAGGAAGAAGAGAAGAUAUAUAAUAAAAAUAACAAUAUACCCGGCGAAGGUACAAGUAGCAUGGAGUUGCGCUCGUAUAAAAAUCCCAAAACAUGGAAGAAAUCUAUUACAAAUUUCUUCAGAAAUCAACUGCGGUCAACAAAAUCCAAUGAUGGUGACAGGCCUUCAGAAAUUCAGGAAAACUUUGAAGAUAAGGACGUAGCGCCUGAGCAAAAAUGGCAAUCUCUAGGCAAAGUAUUUAGGCGUCAGAGCUUUGCUGAACAUUGGCCUAAAUCUCCGUUUCAACAUGGAGAAAGCUCAUCGCAAAACAAACGCCAAGCAGUCCGAAAAGUGCUAUCAAGUUAUUUUGGAAAAUCUCUAAAAUCUGAUUCUAAAGAAGAUAAAUAG